UGCUCAGGCAAGUUUCAUGUUAACCGGCACUUUCAGCUGAUAGCAAGCAGACACAGCUUGCGGUGUACAGAGAAGAACUGAAGGUUUCCACUCACAGAGGGUAAGCGGCUUAAACACGGACUGCAAUUACAGAGGUGUAUGGGUAAAUUCUGUAACACCAACAAGGACCAUAAUCCAGACCAUAAUCCAGAUUAAGACUGAUGCCUUUGGGUAUUGGAGGAACCGCAGCCAGAACCAGAACCAGUCAAUUUACUCCAGCACAUAUGGACUCCUCACCACUGGUUAACAGGACUUGAUGAGAGAAUCUGGGAACAUUACGCCAGAAAAAUGUUUAUAAAUCUUAGGAGGGUUAGGAAGUGUCGGAUUAUGCAUCUGUUUUCCAUGUGCUGUGUUCUGUUGGUGCUCAUGGUUUGCUGGGAGGAGGUGGACUAUCACAUAGUGAGCCAUGUGCAGUCCUACUCCUACCGCUACCUGGUCAACAGCUACGACUUCAUCAACAAGAGCCUCAGUGUGACUCGCAGGGAGGCUGACAGUUCUGGGCGUUUCCCGUACCUCAUCGACCACAAGGCCACAUGUGUGGGGAAUGAUGUGCUGCUCCUUCUGUUUGUCAAAUCCUCCCCCAAGAACUUCAGGAGGAGGCAGUCCAUUCGCUCCACCUGGGGGAACCACACAUAUCUCAAGAAGGAACUUGGCGUCACUGUCAAGGUGGUGUUUGUCAUGGGCGUAUCUGCCAACCGGCAUGAAAGAGGCGCGCUGCAGGAAAAGCUCCGGGCCGAGGACUCGCUCCACGGAGACCUGCUCCAGCAGGAUUUCGCCGACACGUUCCACAACCUAACCCUGAAGCUGCUCCUGCAGUUCCGCUGGGCGCACGCUCGCUGCGCCCAUGCCCGCUUCCUCAUGUCCGCUGACGACGAUGUUUUCGUCCAUGUGCCCAAUUUGGUGCAUUACCUGCAAGGCCUGGUCCAGCAGGGUGCCGUAGACGUGUGGGUGGGUCACGUGCACAGGGGAGCCCCUCCGGUCCGCCGGAAGAGCAGCAAGUACUACAUGCCUGUUCAGACGUACCGGUGGUCAUCCUACCCUGACUACACGGCCGGUGCGGGCUACGUGGUGUCCAGGGAUGUCGCGGAGAAAAUUUAUCAGGCCUCCUUGUCCCUUAACGCCCUUCUCCAUAUUGACGAUGUUUUUAUGGGCAUGUGCGCUAAUGUGGCCAGGGUGUCACCACAGGAACACGUUUACUUCUCCGGGGAAGGGAAAGCCCCAUAUCACCCCUGCAUUUAUGAAAAGAUGAUCACCUCACACGGACAUGAGGAUGACGUGGCAUAUCUCUGGCGGGAGGCGACCGCCCCAGAGGUAAGCAAUGUGUCCUCGGGACUCGUAGGCAAAAUGUACUGCACCACUGUGAAGAUAUUGCUGCUGUGUAGGCCUUUCUUUAUAAACUCCUACUCUUGCAAAGCAGCCUUUUCAUGAUGAACUGGGAACUCUGGGAAGCAUUUAACUUGUUUUUCAUUGUUUGAUGUUUUCACUUUGUAACUAUUCCAUGUUCUUUGUGAGAAAUUAUCCUUUGUA